ACCGAACGCCGCCGACGCCGCGGGUUAGCCGUCGCCGCGGCGAUGUCGAGCGAGACGGACGACGACGACGUGUACGUCGCGCGACUGCGCGAGGUGUUCAACGACUGCUGCGACGACGGGCAGCAGCAGCAGCAGUGCGGCGACGCGAGGCUCGGACGCGACGGGCUGCUGCUGCUGUGCGAGCGGCUGCAGCUGCAGGAGCAGGCCGGCAAUCUCCUCGAGCGCUGCACGGCAGGGCGCACCGACGGCAAGGUAGAUUUUGAGAACUUUAAGGAGGCGUUUGUGCUCGUGCUGUCUCAGACGGUCGACAGUACGGGCACCAGCACGGGAGUGUCGACACCGGCGGAGGGCGGGCCGGACGGCACGACAGAUGAUGAGAGCAGCAUCGAGGACGAAAUAGUUCCAGUCGAAGUGUCGCCCAAAUUUGUGAAGGGCUGCAAGAAAUAUGGCAGACGAUCGAGACCUGAGGGACCGAUGCACACGGAGUCUCAAAGCGAGGAUGAACAGCACAAUGUUGAGGAGAAGAGGCAUUGGUUAGACACCAGAAGCAGUGCAGGAAGCUUGAUUGGCCUCUCCCCAAGAGGGUUCCCAACCCCUAUUGCUUCCCCCCAGCCUCUGCUCCGUACAGUAACCCCUUCAUCAGAGAUGUUUGAGGCAUCGGGACAGCUCAACGGCCUGCCGCUGAACCAGCACACAGCGACGGCACUACCCGGUUCCCAGGCCACGGCCGAAGUCUCCGCCGACAUCACACAGCAGCUGGAGGCGGUGUGGAAUGAGGUCGACGCGCAGCAGAAGGGCUAUCUGUCGAGAGAGGAGCUCGGGUGCAUGUGCCAGCACGUCGGCAUGGAGAGCCUGAGCGAGGAGGUACGGCCGUGA